AUGACGAAAGGCCGAGCCAUAUCCCAGACCACUUUACCGGCCGACAGGAUUGACGGGCUGACAGCACUAGCGGGAGGGGUAUCUUCGACCAAGGGGCUUUGUGAUGCAGCGGCAACCUCAGCCCAAGCUACACGGUUCGAUGGUGGGCCUUGUGGCGACCACGGAAAGUCUUACAGGAAGUUUUCGGACACGCGGGCGACGUUCCUACCACCCAAAACACCACAGGCAUGGCGCUGGAAAUGCCACCGCUGUGGCGGAAAAUAUUCCUUCGCUGUAGCUCAGCGAUGUCUGAACUGUGGCCACUGGUUCUGCGCCGUGCCUCGGAAAAUGCAGGGGAAGCCGAAGGACGAAGAACUUGAAAGCCCUACGAGCGGCGGGCGACAUUGCAUUACCGAGUUCGACUAUCACGGUUGGUCAGUGUGGGGGGCAUACCGCCGGUCUAGACGCAACGAUAUGGAGAAGCCCGCGGGCCAUGGGGACACGUUUGCCUUGUUUCGACUGACUGCUGCGCGUGACAACUGGACGGACGGUCUCGACAGGCAAGAGCGCCGCCCUACGUGGGAGGAGUUGCCUCCCACAAUGCAGAGGAAAGUGACCCGUUGUAAGGAGCGUGUCUAUCUCUCCGGUCGGUACAACUGCUGGCUACACUGUGACUUUCCAGCCGAGUGUGUUAAUAGGCAGUAUACCGCGUGGGUGCGGGACGGGGCUUGUUCUCAGCGCAGGCGUGGGCCGGGUUUGGCCCGGUUACCCGCCAUACAGGAGAAGGGGAUAAAUGAUGAGGAUGGGGAGGAGAGGGAGAAGAUGGAGGGGACGGAAAACCUUCUCGAGCUCGACGUCUACAAGGAGGGUCGAAGGAGUCCCAGGCUGAUAGCAAGGGGGGAACAAGAAAGACUGGAGAAACAGAAGAGAGACGGGGGAAAGGGGUAG